AUGGCACCGCCAAAACGUAGUCGAGUAUCGACCCCUCCACCUCAACUUGACAGAAGCCACUUGGCUCGACAUGCCAGACCCACUUUCUCGUCCAAUGCCAAAGCUGCUAAACCAUCUGGAAGAAAAACGGCUCCAGCUAGGAACGUUGUUGUUAAUGUAACAGUCAAUACUAAGACGGAGAACUCGGAGACUGCUAAUUCAAGAUCUAACAGUUCAGUGGGUUUUUCAAAUUCUGGUGGUUCUACAUCAAGAUCAGUUACUGUUGGUGCCCCUAGGUCAAGAUCAAGAGGUGCUGUCGCUUCUUCUUCAAGAAAUACAAAUGCCUCAACUUCUACACGUUCAAUUGCGUCUACAUCAGCUUCAGAAUUGUCUUCAAUUCCACUGAAUGCUGCUUUUGUCUCUCCAAACGAUACUCAAGUUGGGGUAAGAACAGCUCAUCGUGGUCUUGCAAACAUUCACAGUAAUAUGAAUGUACUGAGAAACACUACUGUAAUUCGAAGACAAGUAUCAAAAAGAAGGAUGCCUACUAGCCUGGAAGCUUCAAACUCGUCUGAUCUAUCUAACACCUCAUCUAUAAGUUCGAGCAGCUCCAGUUCUACAUCAAGUUCAUCAACAUCAAGUGCGAUGUCAACUAGUGACAGUUCAAUCAGUUCUGUGCAAAUCGACAGUCCAAGCAGCAGCUUCUUGGUGUUACCUCGGCAAAACUAUUUGGCAAGUGCGGAUAUGAGAAGUGUUAUUGAUGGUCUUUCGGCUGAUGAAAUCAUGGAAGCCGUACGAGCUGAAGAGGCCUUGGAAAGGCAGAGACGUCAGAUUCAGGAGGAUGAACAGUUGGCUCGGCGACUUGGAGCUGGUGGUGUGUUAUACCAGGAUGCCUUGUCUAUGAUUAGACUUCCGCCACCUCAGUCAUCUGCAGUUACUACUAAUGCUGAGCUUGCGCAAUUUUCAUUGGACGAUACGAAAGACUACGGUAAGUGUUAUUAGUUUUUUUUUCUGUUUUAGCUAAUAAUAUCAAAGAUUUUUUCGGAAGUUUCAUUCUUGUUUGUGUUUAGACUUAAACUGCAGUCAAUGAUUUUCUUUUGAAGGGAUUAAGUUUGUGGUACAAGAACGAUACCUAUAAUUAUAGUUUUAAUCAGUUAUCAUUUGAUACCGGAUUAUUUUUCAGAUACAAGCUGUCUGAUCUGUUUCGACCGUCCAAACAAUCCAGUUCAAUGUCGAUUCUGCAAACAAUGUGUGGGUUGUCGGAUGUGUGUCAAGAGAUGGUACGAUGCUGCUGAUUCGAAGCAUACCUGUCCAUUGUGUCGUCAUGUCUGGCAUUCUUUUGGAGCUACCAGUGUUCAACCUUGCUAG